UGACCCCUUUGAUCGGAGAGGGAUCAUCUCUACGGUACUGAGAGACACUCUGGGUUCGUUCACUGGAGACCCUACAUUCCUGUUUGAAUGGACCAUUCACUAGGAUAGAGACCUCUGACUGUUUCUGACCCGUUAUUCAGUGACACACACCUGAGAAACUCCUUGACCUUUGACCUCAUGGCUACCACUGAGUAUCCCGAUGUGUCUCCUUCCCCCACCACCGAGGGCACGUUGCCGCCGACCACCCUGGCCACCACAGAUAUAGUGGUGCUUGUCAUCUACUUCCUUAUGGUUCUGGCAGUGGGCUUGUGGUCCAUGUGGAAGACCAAGAGGAGCACAGUGGAUGGAUAUUUUCUUGCUGGCAAAAACAUGACUUGGUGGCCGGUGGGCGCCUCUCUGUUUGCCAGUAACGUGGGCAGUGGUCACUUCAUUGGGCUCGCAGGCUCUGGGGCAGCAGCUGGUAUCGGUGCCACUGCUUAUGAAUGGAACGGCAUGCUGAUGGUGCUGCUCUUGGGCUGGCUAUUUUUACCCAUUUAUAUUGCAUCAAGGGUCACAACAAUGCCUGAGUAUUUACAGAAAAGAUUUGGUGGCAAAAGAAUACAGUUAUUUCUUUGUGUUUUAUAUCUAUUUAUCUACAUCUUCACAAAAAUAUCAGUGGACAUGUAUGCUGGAGCUGUGUUCAUCCAGCAGGCUCUGCAGUGGAACAUCUACUUCGCUGUGGUUCUGCUUCUCGGCAUUACGGCUCUGUACACCAUCGCAGGUGGUCUGGCAGCAGUGAUCUACACCGAUGCGGUUCAGACUGUCAUCAUGGUGGUCGGAGCCCUGAUCCUCAUGGGCUUCAGUUUUGUAGAGGUUGGGGGAUUUCAGGCAGUCCUGGACAAGUAUCCUCAAGCUAUUCCCUCCAUCCGAGUGCCCAACUCCACCUGUGGAAUCCCUCGUGAUGAUGCCUUUCACAUAUUCCGUCACCCUGUGACCUCUGACCUGCCCUGGCCGGGAGUACUCCUGGGCAUGUCCAUUCCCUCCAUGUGGUACUGGUGUUCUGACCAGGUGAUAGUGCAGCGUUCGCUUGCUUCCAAAAACAUUCUGCAUGCUAAAGGAGGAUCUCUGCUCGCCGCUUACCUCAAAGUCCUGCCCUUCUUCAUGAUGGUGAUUCCAGGCAUGAUCAGCAGAAUACUUUACCCAGACGAGGUGGGCUGUGGAGACCCGGAGGUGUGUAAACAGGUUUGUGGGAAUCCCGUGGGCUGCUCGGACACUGCUUAUGCCAAACUGGUCAUGGAGCUCCUUCCUGCAGGUCUGAGGGGUUUAAUGAUGGCUGUGAUGUUGGCUGCUCUCAUGUCCUCUUUGACCUCCAUAUUCAACAGUUCCAGCACCAUUUUCACCAUGGACCUGUGGAGAAACAUCCGCCGCACUGCCUCCGAGUGGGAGCUCAUGAUUGUGGGAAGAGUGUUUGUGUUAGUGUUAGUGGUGGUGUCAGUGCUGUGGAUUCCUCUAGUUCAGGCCAGUCAGGGUGGGCAGCUCUUCAUCUACAUCCAAUCCAUCAGUAUGUACCUGCAGCCCCCCAUAACAGUCAUCUUCCUUGCAGGAUGCUUCUGGAAACGGACCAAUGAGAAGGGUGCAUUCUGGGGUCUGAUAGUGGGCAUGGUGGUGGGCUGUAUAAGGAUGAUUCUGGAUUUCGUCUAUCCUACACCACUGUGCUACGAGAGCGACACCAGGCCUGACGUCAUCAAAUAUGUUCACUUCCUGUACUUCUCCAUCAUUCUCACUCUCCUCACACUCAUUGUGGUGGUGUGUGUUAGUCUGGCUACAGAGAAGCCCAAACCAGAGCAGAUCAGUCGUAUGACGUGGUACACACGCUUUGAUCCUGUGAAAGAAAGUGGAGAGGUUGUGGCUUCAGAUCUCUACACGAUCGAAGGCGCCACACAGUACACAAAGGACAAGGAAAAUGAUGCACAUGAAAUGAAAGAAGACUCCUGUAGUUCUGUGUCCAGCGAAGCGGGCUCCUCUAAACUGAAAUCUACUCUGUUCUGGAUCUGUGGAAUGGAGAAGCAGAAAGGAAAGAAGCCCAUGUCUCCUCCAGAGGCUCCGGUGUGUUCCCUCGAGGAAGAGCCCUGUAUGAGACACCUGGUAAACGCCAACCUCAUCGUCUGUAUGUCAGUGGCGGUGUUUCUCAUCGCUUACUGGGCAUAGUCACUUGUCCUUUAUAAUGGAUUGUUUAUUGUGACUGAUAUGAAAGUAAAUCUUCAUGGGAGUAUGUAAUUAAUAAUAGACCGAAAUGCUUAUUUAUUUAUCAUCAAUCAGUUUUUAGUUUUUUGAUAUAGACAUUUUAAAGCUAGGGUAGGCAACUUCGGAGAGGCUAGCAAUAGCAAGCUAGCUUAUGAAAGAACUAAGAUCCCACCCUCCCUUCAGAGCAUCUCCAAAGCCACACCUCCUCCAGUCCAAAACACAUGAAUGCGCACAGCUAGAGCAGAGUCUGCAAGGCAUCAUGAGAAACUGUGUUAAAUUACCUCAUGUCACAAAGCCGGGAAUGUCACAGGUUGCCAUCUCUUAAGCCCAAAAGCCCGUCGGGCAGUUUUUGUUCAUCGGCCAACUAAGUUUUCUCAUUGUGUUCCGCACCGUCGGCUGAAGUUGGUCCUUAUCUGCUUUUUUUUGGCCAAUUCGACAUGUUGAAUCGGCGUCAGAGCUCGUCGGGCCAUCUGAUUCUUAUUGGCUGUUCAGCUACUUAUCGCCACUAGUUCGUCGGGCUUUAAAGGUGCAGUAAGCAAUUUCUGAGAAAAGCUGUUAAAAAAGUGGAUCAGACCCGAGCACCAAAACACACUUGUAGCCAAUCAGCAUAAGAGGUGUAUACACUCAAUGGGGGGAGGUGCCUGUGUUGCAUAGCAUGUUCAUGAUUUUGGGGGCGGAGCUAUAAAGAUAGGGGUGUGAUUGUUUUGGGUAGGGGCGUGUUUGGUUUGGUGAUUUCAAAUAUCAACGGCAUUUCUCAGAAGUCACUUACUGCACCUUUAAUAACCAGUUUUGGGGAAAGUUACUUUUAAAAGUAAUGCAUUACAAUAUUGCGUUACUCCCUAAAAAAGUAAUUUAAAAAAGUAAUUGCGUUACUUAGUUACUUUUUAUGGAAAGUAAUGCGUUACAUUAAUUUGCAUUACUUUCUCUGCAGUUACUCAUGAUUUCUCUCAAUAUGGAGACAAGAGAGCUGUUAGUUGGAAAUACAUGGGAAAACAAAGUAACUUGAGUUACUUAUUUGAAAAAGUAACUCAGAUAUUUUGUUGUAAAUUUAAAAGUAAUGCGUCACUUUACUAGUUACUUGAAAAAAGUAAUCUGAUUACGUGACUCAAGUUACUUGUAAUGCCUUACCUCCAACACCUCCAAUUACUGAGGCAGUAAGACAUCCUACCAUUGCAUUUCGGAUUUAUAUCAGAUAUAUGUACUCUUUAUAUAUAUAUAUAUAUAUAUAUAUAUAUAUAUAUAUAUAUAUAUAUAUAUAUAUACAGUGCCCUCCACUAAUAUUGGCACCCUUGGUAAAUAUGAGCAAAGGCGGCUGUGAAAAUAAAUCUUCAUUGUUUAUCCUUUUGAUCUUUCAUUAAAAAAAAAUCACAAAAUUCUAACCUAUCAUUGAAGGAAAACAAUUUAAAUAGAUAACAGCUCUGAAUCUUCACCUAUAAUGCCUGAAGAGUUUGGAGAACACCUGACAAGAGAUCAGAGACCAUUCCUUCAUGCAGAAUCUCUCCAGAUCCUUCAGAUUCCCAGCUCCAUGUUGGUGCUUCUUCUCUUCAGUUCACUCAUUUUCUUUAGGGUUCAGGUCAGGGGACUGGGACGGCCAUGGCAGAAGCUUCAUUUUGUGCUCAGUGACACAUUUUUGUGUUGGUUUUGAUGUUUGUUUUGGAUCAUUGUCCUGAUGGAAGAUCCAACCACGGCCCAUUAUUGUAUUUCUAGCAGAAGCGGUCAGGUUUUGAUUUUUAUCUGUUGGUAUUUGAUAGAAUCCAUGAUGCCAUGUAUCUGAACAAGAUGUCCAGGACCUCCAGCAGAAAAAUAGGCCCACAACAUUAAAGAUCCAGCAGAAUAUUUAACCGUGGGCAUGGGGUACUUUUUAUCCCUGUGUGCACCAAACCCAUCUGGUGGUUUUGCUGCCAAAAAGCUUUUUAUUUUUUUAUUUUAGUUUCACCUGACCAUAGAAGCCGGUCCCUUUUGAAGUUCCAGUCUUGUCUGACAACUGAAUAUGCUGGAGAUUGUUUCUGGAUGAGAGCAGAGGAUUUUUCUUGAAACCCCCCUAAAUAACUUUUGGUGAUUUAGGUGCUGUUUGGUAAUUUGUUUUUAGGCUUUGUGAGACUCAACUAAUCUCUGCAAUUCUCCAGCUGUGAUCCUUGGAGAGUCUUUGUCCACUCAAACUUUCCUCCUCACCGCACAUUAGGACGAUUUAGACACACGUCCUCUUCCAGGCAGAUUUAUGACAUCUUUAGUUGAUUGGAACUUCUUAAUUAUUGCCCUGAUAGUGGAAAUGGGGAUUUUCAAUGCUUUAGCUAUUUUCUUACAGCCACUUUCUAUUUUGUGAAGCUCAACAAUCUUUUGCUGCACAUCAGAACUAUAUUCUUUGUUUUUUUUUUCAUUGUGAUGAAUGAUUAUGGGAAUUUGGCUUUUGUGUUUCCUCAUGUUUAUACUCCUGUGGAACAGUAAGUCAUGGCUGGACAAUUUCAUGCUCCUAGUCACCCUGAUGUGCUAAAAAAUGUAAAUAUGAAUGGGAAUAUACUUCAGAGAUAUUUUACUCAUAAGAAUUUCUAGGGGUGCCAAUAAUUGUGGCCAACAUGCAUUGGAGAAAAACAUUUAUUUCAUAAUGUGAGUUUCCCCCCACUUUCAAUUGUUUUACUUAAAUGUAAGGUUAGAAUUUUGUGAAUUUUUUUUUAAUGAAAGAUCAAAAGGAUUAACAAUGCAGAUUUAUUUUCACAGCCGCCUUUGCUUUACUAAGGAUGCCAAUACUAUCAGGAUGUGAAGAGAGUUUCAACCAGUAUAACAAAAAGUGUUUAUGAAAAAUAUUGCCUACCCUAGCUUUAACUAAUAUGCAAACUAUUUUGUCCUUGAUGUUUCCGUAAAUUAAACAGUUUAAAAAACAA